AUGAUGCAGCAAGAAGAAGAGCACGAGACGCAGCACCAGAAGGUUGAGAUGUUGGACGAGUUCCGAGGAGACGAGGAGGAAGACGCGGCCGGUGGCAAGCGCCGUCUCUUCCGCUUCAAACCCGCAUUCGACGUGGUAUUGGUGCGCGAAGUGAUUCGCGACUUCCCGUGGGCUGCGGGCUAUGGCCGCACACGCUCUGCCUGGAUGGCAGUGGCUUCGCGCGUGCAGGCCGCGCUGGAGAGUAUGAAGGGCGUAGUCUUCACACGCGGCAGUGCGCUUGAUCACGCUAUCGUUAAGCGUCGCGUCGAUAUGUUGUUGGAGGCUUUCCGCAAGAACGAGUUGUCCGCAUUACGCGGCUCUGGUACGCCCGAGGAGUUUGAUAUGCGCAACAAACUCCUCGCUAUCUUAGCACGAGUGGUGGACGAGCAGACACUCAACAAGGGAGCAAUGCGCGAGAAGCGCGUACAGUCGGCACUGCAGGUGGCGCUACGUAGUUUGGCUGAGCUGGAAGGCUCGGGUGGUCUGACCUUGCCGCAAUCUGCGGCCCUCACGCCUCCUCCUGCCGCGACGCCGCCCACUGCACCGUUGAUGCCCAUCGCCCCCGCGCCUGCUACGACCUCGGCUGUGCCCGCUCGUUCCAGCCCCAGUCCCAGCCCCGUGCCUCAGAAUCUCACAGUUCAACAUCAAAUGCAGCAGAACGGCAAUAAACGUCCGCUACGGACGCCGUCGGUGCCAAUUGGUGGUUCUGUGCAGGAGAUCAAGAGACCCCGAGUGGAGAGGACCGGUAUGGAUAACGCCCAAAGCAUCGAAGAACGGAAAUUGCGGCUUGAGGAGCGACGUGUGUCCUUGGAAGAGGAGAGACUGGCUUGGGAAAAGCAGAAGGCCCAACAAGACGCGAAUGAGCGCCAGGCAUUGCUGGACGUGCUGCGUGCCCAGGGAUCCCUCGUGACAGAGCUGCUCACGCAUCUUCGGAACGCCAAGGGACCCGCCAACACCCAUGAUCUGUAA